GUGGUUACGUGGAAGCUUUAUGGAGACUUAAGGGAAGGCGUCCUUGAUGACUGCUUUUGCCGCUCUGGGCUGGAGAAGGUGAUAGUAUGGGGUGACAGCCCCACGGGGAUGGCGUGAGCAGGACUGGCGAGCAUUUAUUCCGCUUCUGUGUUUUCCAGUCCUGCAUCAGGGAGAAGAGAAAUGACAUAGCCUACAUUCCAGCAUUAAAGGGCGAAGAGGGCUGGGGAGGGAGCUGGGGAAACUGGAAGGACAGCGAUGCCUGGAAUUUUGAGGAGGCAGCCCGUGAACAGGGCACUGGCAUCACAGGUCACACAUCAUCACGUGGCCGUGUUCCUGCUCACUUUCUUCAGCUACUCUCUGCUUCACGCCUCCAGGAAAACAUUUAGCAAUGUCAAAGUCAGCAUCUCCAGCCAAUGGACCCCUUCCUGCCUUAACAAUACUACCUUCAAUCUCCAGCCAUAUGAGCUCUGGAACAGUAGUCAUUUAUUUCCAGAUGCUGAAGGAGCCACACUUUUCCUUGGGACUCUGGAUACAAUCUUCCUCUUUUCUUAUGCUGUGGGUCUUUUUGUCAGCGGAAUCAUUGCAGAUCGCCUGAAUAUGCGCUGGGUCCUGUCGUUUGGCAUGUGUUCCUCUGCAUUAGUGGUAUUUGUGUUUGGCACUCUCACCGAAUGGCUGCAUUUCUACAACGUAUGGUUCUAUUCCUUUCUGUGGAUUGUGAACGGCUUGCUACAGUCCACUGGCUGGCCCUGCGUCGUAGCUGUCAUGGGAAACUGGUUUGGCAAAGCCGGGAGGGGUUUUGUUUUUGGACUCUGGAGUGCCUGUGCCUCAGUGGGCAACAUCCUCGGAGCAUUCCUUGCCUCAUCAGUGCUGCAGUAUGGCUAUGAGUAUGCCUUCUUGGUGACAGCAUCAGUACAGUUCGCGGGAGGAGUCAUUGUGUUCUUUGGCCUUGUGAUUUCUCCCAAGGAGAUAGGUCUCCCUGAAGUUGGCGAAGAGACUGAUGGUGCUGCUGAAGAAGGUGCCAGUGAGCCACUGAUCGGUGGUGACACCAAUGAAGAUGACGAGGAGCAGAAUUACUCCAUUCAGGCCACUGACUUGAGCAGCAGUGGCAGCGGCCCCCAGCCCGAAGCCAUCGGGUUUUUUCAGGCGUGUUGUCUGCCUGGAGUUAUCUUGUAUUCCUUGGCCUACGCCUGCCUGAAGCUGGUGAACUACUCUUUCUUCUUCUGGCUGCCCUUCUACCUCAGCAACAAUUUUGGAUGGAAGGAGGCAGAAGCUGACAAGCUCUCGAUUUGGUAUGAUGUCGGAGGGAUUAUAGGUGGCACCAUCCAAGGCCUCAUAUCCGAUAUGUUGCAGAAGAGAGCCCCUGUGCUAGCCAUCAGCCUCACCUUGGCCGUUGUGUCUCUCUUUGGAUACAGCCGUUCACCAAACAGCAAAGCUAUCAACGCUGUUAUCAUGGCAGUCACAGGCUUUUUCAUUGGAGGUCCUUCCAACAUGAUCAGUUCUGCCAUUUCUGCAGACCUGGGGCGUCAGGAAAUGGUGAAAAGCAGCAGCGAGGCACUAGCAACCGUGACAGGAAUUGUGGAUGGCACGGGAAGCGUCGGAGCAGCUGUGGGGCAGUACCUGGUAUCAUUGAUCCAAGAGAAGCUGGGAUGGAUGUGGGUCUUCUAUUUCUUCAUUCUGAUGACCACUUUAACAGUGCUGUUCAUCACACCUUUACUAGCAAAGGAAAUCCGCAUGCUCCUGGUGCAGAGGCAGCUGCGCAGGGCGGCUGGUUGACACCGCCCUCGUGUCGCCAUCCAAUGGAACUCUUCCAGGAAGACCACCCAAGGGAGAGGGGUGUUUUUAGAACUUUUAGCACUUCACUUUUACUUCUUAAUUUACCUGGAAGGCUUUGCUGCUGAGAAGUCAGAGCCUAAAGUCAUCGCAACAGUUGGCUGCCACUUAGACAUGGCUGUUUGUUUGGAGAACUUAUUGAGCAGGCCAGAGAAGGACAUUUUCCUUUUGAUUGUUACCUCUUGUUCCUUGGACUACUUGAAGAAGUAGUCAAAAUCAUUAGGUAGGACCUUGACCAGGCUGAAGCAUUUUGGGCUGCAGGUGGGGGAUCUCACCUAUGAAUCCUGUCCCAGAAAAUUUAAUCUCUUUGUAUGCAGAAAAUGAGAAGGUUCAAGAAAGGAAUUCAGACAUGCCUCCUUUCCAUCAUGCUGGUUAUCUCUGUGAAAGAAAUGACCAGAAUGGAGGUGGGUGGUGAGCGGAUCAUUCAAAGCUGCAAGCCCUACCUGCAGCCUGAAGUGGUACAGUCCAGGGAAAGCUUUACCACUUGAUGCUGAUUACUUUGGAUAAGGUAGCCCUCCUGUAUUGUUUGUACUGUUCUAAGCCUUUAUCUUACAUCUGGAUACCUUACAGUUGACAGAUGUCUAAAACUGACAGGCUUCUUUACAACUUAAGCAAGAGGGAAAAGUCUUUUCAUUUGAUACCAAAACACUGUUUCAAAUUUGCCUCAGGCCAGUCCAAUGUAAAGUUUUCAAACUGAUGGUGCCAUCUCUCUGCCCCCUGGUUUCCUCCCUGGCUGUUUGUUUACAAAAUGCCUAGCAGGAAACUGGAGGAGCAGCCCAGAUCCUUAGCAUCCUCAUGUAAAAAAAGAAGUCAUGUUUUUAUUCUAUUUUUAAAUACUUGUGCCAGUGUUAUGGCCUGUGCUCAUUUAACCUUCCUGUGUUUAACUGUGCAAUUGCAUUCCAUACUUGAUUUAUUUUUCUUUUAACUGCCUCAUGUGCAAGAAUGAGACUGCAUCUCUGGAGAUGUGCCAGAGCCAAAUCAUUUCAUGCAGAAGCAUGGCAAAGUUUUACCAGUGUCCUUAAAAUUAAGGUGAAUGUGAUUUUGAAUGGCGUUCAGCAGCUGAUCAGUGGGGAGGGUUUAAUUAUCAGAUAUGCUCUGGUGUCUGGUCAGCUGUGAUCACUUGCACUUGAUAUCCAUUGAGAGAAGAUUGAAGACUUCUAGGGGAGUCAGCCAGGUUUCAUCUCUCCAUUCUGGCCUAAAAGAACAUGGUUGAAUGAUCCUUCAACCUGCACCAAAGGCAUCUUGAAGGUGGAAUUUACUAUCACAAAAUGUGCAGAAUGACUGCCAAAAUAGGCAGCCUUUCCAUUGCCCCCUUUCCUUUGUUGAGUUCUGCAUAGUUCAGCAUGGUCCAUGGACCUCAUGCCAUAGAAUGACAGUAGAAAAAUGCAGUUUGGUGGUGUCAGAAAAUGAUGCCAGCUGAACUCAGUAGGCAUAUUUCAUGGCACCCCACCCUGGCAAUAAGCUGUGGUGGGUGGUUGUCAUGUGAACAAUCCACGGUGUGCCUGAUAGAUGAUCUGGCUCACCCUAGAUGGCUGCUCACACUCCCUUCUCAGUCCUCCCAUGGGCAUCCCAGCUGCCCCUGCAGGAGGACCAAGUUGUCUCUUCCCCCUCCCCAGGGCAAGGGUGAGUCAUUUGGGGCUUGCUGCAGUUGUCUUUCCCCUUUAAACAGGCUCCCUUGAUCAUGAAACCUGGAUUUUCAGGGCUGCAGUAGCACCUUGGAAGGACUGUCCAGGGCUGUCCAGCUCUUUUUCAACCCCUGCUCCCAAUUUUUUACCAACAUUUGUGUUUUUCUACAAGCAUUUUUAUACCCACUCCUGCACAACUCUGAAUGGGGAGCCUUGGGUGGGCAUUGUGCAGGGGCUUGCCCAUGGGCACAGCCCCUGGGCAUUGCCCCACAGAAGCAACAGGUAAAUUUAUUUCUUCCCUUUGGUUUCCUCUGACAGCUUUCAAAGGGCAAGCCAUCAAAUGUAAGCAAAGCUGUGGAUGAUCUCCUGAGACUGAGGGGGAAGAAACAAUUAAGGCACAGUCCUGGCAAGUAAGGCACUGCCAGCUAAGGAAUGCUGGGAAUUGUGGAGCUUUUUUCUGUCUAAACAUGCAUAGGAUCGUGCCCUUAUUUGCAAAUUUGGAGGAAAAGGGAUUUUUUUCUUUUCCAAAACUGCCUUUAUAAAUAUUCAAUGUGCAGCGAUAGCCUUUCUUUUGUGCUAUUAUUAUUUAUGACUACAAGUGUUUGAAUCAUGUUGUGACUCCUGUGAAUGAAACGUUCUUGGUAUUUUCAGGGCCUCUUACUUGUUCGUUGCUCAACCAUUGUGUGCUCUCUUCUAGCAGUGCUGCUCAGUUCCACUGUUCUUCAGGAUGUGAUCAUUUCUGGGUGUUUCCUUUUUUUUAAAAAAAGGGGAGAGUCUUUCUUCUCUUUGCUUUUAAUUUGGCUGCCUAAUCCAUCAGUGGCAUGAAGAUGUAGAUUAGAUAUUCUUUUUCUUCCUUGUUCCUUUUCCACUCCAUUGCGGCAUCAGCUGUUGUGUGGGUUUGUCCUGACGAGAGAUGCUCUUGAUCCGUCUGGUUUGUUUUAUUGCUGAAAAGACACUUAAAUGGUUUGACCUUCAUAAUAACGACAUGCUCUGAAUUCUAGACCUGCUGUAGAUAAAAAGCCUUUCCCUAACCUUUAGGGUCUAUGCACACAAUCACUUUCCCACUUUUUGUUAACUUGAUCGGGGUGAUCCACAAAGCACUACGUCUUUAAAGGGAGUCCGAUAUUUGCUCAGCUCCCACCUCACAUGUCUGUGCAACACUAGGAAGGUUGGGAAAAAAAGCAUUUGUCAGAAUAAGUCCUCAGAAUCCCAAGUUUGAAAUGUCAUUCCUCAUGAGUAGCUUGGUUGGCCAGAGAUGAAGCCAGGUAUAUUCUAAGGUAGCUUUCCCUAAUUUGGUGCCUUCACGAUGUGGCAGUUCCUAUCAUUCCUACCCUGCACGGCCAUGCUGUGCCAGCCAGGGAUGAUGGGAGUCAUGUCAAAUGCAUUUGGAGGGUGCCAGGUUUGAGAACUCGUGGAACUCGUUUUGACAGAGGAUGCCUGUUCAGACAACUAGUUCUACUGCACUGGGAAUGCCUGUUGUCCUUCAGCCUAGGAAGGCCAUAAGCCUCAAAGCCUUCACUUCAGCACUGCAUAAGAUGACUCGCCAACGUUUCCAUUCAAAGGCUGAUAUUUGCAAACUAUUCUAUGGAUUCUUCAAAACACUCCAUACUUGACUGAUAACUAGUUAGGCACUUUCCACCCAUAUGUUUGUCUUUCAGAUCUGCUACUUUGUGUAACUGAGAGGAAAUGUUGUUAACUUUACAAAUUUUCAUGUGAAUAAAUUAUUUUUGGUAAAUUGGAA